UGACAGAGUCCUGCUGACCCACUGCAUGUUUCUUUUUAACGUCACCAAAGGACAUACAGUUUUUACAGUGGCUUUCUUAUUUAAAUGUAUGAGAAUGAAAACAUGAUAAUGUUUCUGAUUCACUUUAAAAACCUUGUCGCUUUGAAAACCAUUUUGGUUAUCAGCAUUGAAAGGAUCUGACUCGAAAGGAAUUUUCUUCUUUAACUUUCUCAUUGGUUCAUUGGUUGCUCUUGAGUUCAUUUGGCUUUUGCACAGAUGUGGGUUUACUGAUGUUGCACCGACAUGCUAUUGACCGCAAAUGUUAAAAAAGGAUAUGAUUAUCAAACUAUUCUUGUAAUCAAGAUCAAACUGACAUCCAUUGUAACCGUGUCUCCUUUUGUACAAUACUUUUGAUCUUCAUAUAUCACGGCUGUGAUUCAUCAUGAACAUAUACAAGAUUGCUGAGCUGUGGUGUCAGGACUGUUUCCCAUUGACCACGUCCCAUUCCUCCUGGUGCUUAAACCUCUGUCCUACAAAACUAAAAAGACAACAAUUAAAUGAGCAAUAGCACAAACAAAAACCAUAACAAGUUACAAAUUAAAUUAACAGUACUUUAAGUUUUUUAGGUAUAGGUCUAACAGUAAUAGGCCUAUUUCAGUACAGAAUUACUACAGAAACUGAAUAAUCUAUUCAGCUGUAAAAUAACACCGAAUAGUCUUCACUGUAUAAAUAAACUGUAAUGAUACAGACAACAGCAGGUUUAUUUAGAUUGAGAGCAGUGAUAAAAAUCUCUAUGCUGUUAUACUCCAUAUCACUUCUAAUAUUAUACCAGUCAGAACUACCGGUAACUGUUUUGUUAUCCAGAAUAUGAAACUUCCAUAUUUGUUCUGUUUUUCCCCUCUAUUGCAUAACAUUUUGCAGGGAAAUCCCUUGAGGUUACACUUCAGUUUCUCUCUAAUUCAAUGGAACAUUUCUAUUUUUUUCGCAUUUUACAUUUGCUAUUAUUUUUAAAGUGCUUAUUUUUAUCACUAACAUGAAUUUAUACUUGGAGCUCUACAGAAGCCGAAUGAGGUACAUUUCCUGCACUUGACACUGACGUACCAGAUUCUCUGAAGUCAGGGCAUUUUUUUUCUUCUUCUGAUUUUACUUUCAUGAAACGGUCUGUGUUGUGCUAACCACAGAGUGGGGCCACUAAAUGGGCAGCACAUGCUCUGAUUGGAUAGUGAGGCAAAGUGUUUCUACGCACACAUAUAUCUGACACUUAUUUCCUCCCAGAAAGCCAAGCAGCAACCAGGAAGUGGCGGCUCACCAGUGGAUGUCUUGCUCGCUCACUGAGAGACAUUUGCUCGGCAUGUUUCUACACGGAGAUCUCAGGGAUGGUGGUAUCCGCUAUGUCAGGCAUCAAAUUUAGAAUAUUAUGUUCGGAUAACUCUGUUAGAUCGAGCCUAGCUCAUCGAGAUGAGACUUUGAUGCAAUUGGUUGCAUUUGAAACGGACUAAAUUAGAUUUUUGGCUUCCUGCUUCUGGAUAUUGUUAAGCUUUUUAGCUUUUCUCCCCUCAUCAACCAUGAGUUUACCAUGGAAGGCCGCACCGGAGGAGCAAACAGGGUCAAACAGGAAUCCAUCACGCUGUUCGUCUGGCAGGGAGAGCACUCGUCCCUGGCGUCUCCUCAGCAGGCCUUGGCUAAAGCACCGUUCAGUUUCAGUUCCCGAGGAGCCAUUGGACACGCAUGACAGAAGGAACCUGGCUGGAUGGAACAUGCACACACAGAGCUUGACAUGGUCCAGAAGCAGCAGCAGUACGCAUCCGUCCAAUCCUCCUAUCUCCAGGGUCCACAGUCUCCCGGACCCUCAGAGGGUCACCAGCCGCGGUGUCCUCCUGGAGCAUGCUAAUCUUCAGAGGGACUGGUUAUCUCGUAGCUCAGCCCCUUUUUUAAGAUCUACGUCUGAACCGGGGAGUGAAAUGCGUAACGAGACUCCACCGCUUAGACGGGGACUGAGCUCUCAAACGUUUUCAGGGAUUCUGCUGUCCAUGUCAAGACGAAUUGGCCAAAUUUUAAAUACCUCUCCUGAGCUGGCUGUUGGAGAUCUUUCAGAAGACGAUGUGAAGGGGCCGCCCAGUCACCACUUCUCCUGCGGCCAGUCGCCGUUCACAGAGCCCUGCGUCUGGGAGAGGAAGUACUGCAUCCUGACCGAUAGCCAGCUCAUCCUGCUUAACAAGGAGGAAGAGAUGCCAUCUGAAGUCCAUGAAAGCCCCACAGCAUCCUCAUCAAAGGUUCGCAGCCUGAGAAGGACAGUCAGUGUGCCCUCUGAAGGACAGUUCCCAGAGGAUCCACCAGAGGGAACCUCCAUGUCAGGUAAGAUUUAAGUGGCGCUUCUGUUAUGAAAGCAAAACUAUUAUUUAUGCCCCGGUUCAAAAGGUGUGGAAAUGCUGAUUCAGACAGUAGCAGGACCUUUUAGCAGAAACAUUUUUGCUCUGUCUAUAGGGUUUCAAAAAUGGCACUCUUUUUGCAUUUACUGUAGCUUUAAGAUGUUGAUAACCAGGCACGCUCACACUGCAGGCAGAGCAUGAGGUGAAUCAUGAACAAAAUCAUGUCAGUAGGUGCAUUUGUAACAUCAGAGCCAUAACUUCUGAAUCCACUUCUAUAAGCACAGAGGAUCAGGAUAAAAAAGCAGUGGAUUUAACCACAACACUGCAGACUGGGCUAAGAGAAACACCAGAUUGGGGGCAAAAAUAUGCAUGCUAAAAACUGCAGAAUAUUUCA